UCCUCUGCCAGCGAGGCCUGACUGCGACUCUCGUCGCUUCUUCAAAGCGUAACAGAGCUCACAGCGGGGACGUUCAAUACCGCAUGUGAAGGCCGCGAGAAAACGCCAUCACCACAGGUGUCCCCGUGGCAAAGAGGGGUCUCUCUCCAGCGCAUCGAACCUGAAGAACCUGUCGGGAGUCUCUCCGAUGGGUAACAUCCCCUCCGCGGUGAAGCACUGUCUGAGCUAUGAAACACUCGCGCAGGAUUACCCUUGGCUGGUUCGCUGGCUACAGGAGGAGAAGUUUGGUGCCAUUUGCGAAUUUCCCAAAACGGUCAAAAUUGUUGAGGUUGGACCAAGAGAUGGACUGCAAAAUGAAAAGGAAAUGGUUUCGACAGGGGUCAAAAUCCAGCUGAUAAACAUGCUCUCCGAAACGGGCCUGCCCGUGAUUGAAGCCACCAGCUUUGUGUCCUCAAAGUGGGUACCACAGAUGGCUGACCAUGUUGAUGUGCUUAAAGGGAUAACCAAGUCACCUCAUGUCAAAUAUCCAGUCUUAACACCUAACCUACAUGGCUACCAGGCUGCUGUUGAGGCGGGGGCUUCUGAAGUAGCUGUUUUCGGGUCGGCCUCGGAGACGUUCAGCAAGAAGAACAUCAACUGCUCCAUCGAGGAAAGCAUGCUGAGGUUUAAAGAGGUCAUCUCGUCCGCCAAGCAGGCAGGCAUACCAGUGCGGGGGUAUGUCUCAUGUGCUCUGGGUUGUCCCUAUGAGGGAGACAUCGAACCGGCUAAAGUAACCGAGGUAGCCAAGAUGCUGUAUGAUCUGGGCUGUUACGAGGUCUCUCUGGGUGACACUAUUGGCGUGGGCACCCCCAAAUCAAUGGCCAUGGUGCUACAAAGUGUCAUGAAGGAGGUACCCUCUAGUGCCUUGGCAGUGCACUGCCAUGAUACGUACGGGCAAGCUCUAGCCAACAUCCUCAUUGCUUUGCAGAUGGGGAUUUCUGUGGUGGAUUCCUCCGUGGCAGGACUGGGAGGAUGCCCAUAUGCCCCGGGAGCCUCAGGCAACGUUUCAACCGAGGAUGUUGUCUAUAUGCUCCACGGCCUGGGCAUCGAGACAGGGGUGAAUCUUUCGAAAGUCAUAAAUGCAGGUGAAUUCAUCUGUCAAGCCUUAAAUCGCAGAACCAACUCCAAAGUUGCCCAAGCCAAAUCUUGCCACUGUGUCCCAUAAUUUAAUAAUGAUAUGUUAGAUGCAAUGCAUACUAUGCAUUUUCUGUGAAUAGCUUUGCACUAUAUUUCUGUUGCUUGAAAUAUAAGUACUAACUGACUAACUUUAGAUCAUUCUACGUGUACUAUGUGCACUUUAACUCCUGAGAAAUAUGAACUAUUUUUCUAGACAUGUGAAUUAACAUUCUGGCAUCUGAUUCCCCAUAACAUUCAUAUAAAUAUCAAUCCCUAAGAGGUCGAUUCCUCACAUUUAAAGGUUGUUCUGUCUGUUCCUACUGGGUCUUCUCCUUCUUCUCUUCAUUUCCUGCCCAAUGUGUUUGUAAUUAAGACAGAGCGGCACACUGGAUUCUGGAGGUCAGAAAGGCUUUAAAGCUACUGAGACAUUGAUCAUUAUCUCCUCAUCAUACAUGCUCAUUUCCUAAAUCUUCCCUGAAAACAUGGAGUGUGGUAUUUCCAAAGGCUUAUCAUGACUGUUUUUUCUGUGCUUUUGUCAUGUAACAUCAACAUGUUAUGGCCCGAGAAACCAAUUAAGUGAAUAUACAGUAUAAUACAGUACAGUAUGUGUGAGGGUAUCACAUUGUACCAGUGCCUGCACCCUGUGCAUUCGCUAGUG